AUGCCUGCCUACACUUCCCGUGACGUCGGCGACCCGUCGCAAAUCAAGAAGAACAAGCAAUCGAUGGCCGACCUGAAGCUGCGCCGUCUGACCGAGCUCAACAACAGGCUGCGCGAGGAUCUCGAGCGGGAGAGGAUACCUGUCUCGCAAGCUUCCAAGAGCAUCAUUGCGUACUGCAACAACACACGAGACUACAUGGUCCCUUCUGUCUGGGGCGCUGUGCCGCGUGGAGAGGAUCCAUAUGCUCCUCAGCAGAGCGGCGGCUGCUGCUUGGUCAUGUAA